AUGGAUGUCGAUGGAUGUCUAAUCGACCCUAAUCCAGACAUUAUUGGAAUCGGCAUCCGAAUUUCCAUCUAUGUCCUCAGUCUGGCGAGCCCACUGAUCUCUUUCUUCCUUCACUCCACCGAGCUGUCCGGCUCCAUCGAAUCCUCCCUAGGCGUAACAGGGCUCGCGCUCCUCCUCACAACCGUCAUCCAGACUGCACUCGGCAGCAUCGCGCUCUUCCACGCCCUCUGCGUCCUCCACCUGCUCGGCCUCGUAGGCAUCUCCAUCCGCCCCAAGGGCCACUACCCCGCAACCGUCGUCCGCACCACGACAUUGCUCGUCCUGUAUGUUUUCGCCGUCAGCGGCUCGCUCAUAUAUUUCAUCUACGUCUUCGCAAACGCGCCACACUUUGGAAACCAGCCCGAGUGCAAUCACAAAACCAAGUACGUCCUUUCCGGCGUGGACAUCCAGGCGACCAACGCCGUUAUCCGCUGGAUCUUCGUCGCGAUCUUCGCCAUGCUGGCGCUGGGGCUUGUCAUGUGGCUCGCGUGUAUGUCCGGCGCGGCAUGCUGCCUGGCGCUCGACUGUGGAUGCGGACGCAGCAGCAGCGAUGAUCGCGAAUCGGAACUGGGUGCGGACGACGGGUUGUAUGAUGAUUACGCCGGGGCGGCGCAUGCUAAUGCCUGGAGCCAGUUUAUACGCAUGCUUGGCCAGCUGGGUGCGAGCAUCUAUAUGAUGGUGAUGCUGGAGUUGAUUAUCCGGAGGAACGAACUGCUUCCGAACAUCGCGGACUGGACUUUUGGGCAGGUUCUCGCCAUGAUGAUGCUCAUCGGGCCGCUGAUAGAAUCUGUGUCGCUGCUGCUGGGCAAGGUGAAGAUGAAGCCGAGUGAUAAUUCUUAUAGGCGGGGAGGGGGAGGGGGAGGAUUCGAGGCCGCGGUGGCAAGGGGACGGUUUAGCAUGCCCGAAAGGUUAUCAAUGGCAGAUUAG